GAGGAGGAAAAAGAAAUGAGAUACGAAGAGAACGAGAGAAAGACGGGGAGGGGGAGACGCCCCCAUACCUGUGCUGGGGGGUGUGGCUUGGAGGAACUGAGAAAACACAGGUGAGUGUCAGUGUUGUCUUGAUAGUGGAUUCGUCAGUGUUGUCUCUCCUCAGUGAUGUUAAGGCACCCUUGAAGGUGCCAGUAAGGCAUCCUUGAAGGCGUCAGCAAGGCACCCUUGAAGGCGUCAGCAAGGCACUCUUGAAGGCGUCAGCAAGGCACCCUUGAAGGUGUCAGUAAGGCAUCCUUGAAGGCGUCAGCAAGGCACCGUUGAAGGUGUCAGUAAGGCACCCUUGAAGGCGUCAGCAAGGCACCCUUGAAGGUGCCAGCAAGGCACCCCUGAAGGCGUCAGCAAAGCACUCUUGAAGGUGCCUCUGGAAGGAGAGUCGCUGCUGGAUACAAGCCGAGCUCCGCCAUGCGUAAUCUUCAUUGAUUUUUAUAAAGCCUUCCCUGGUGCUGCAGCUGUUGAUGCUGCUGUUGCUGUUACUGCUAUUGUUGCUGCUGAUGUUACGCUGCAACAUAAUGGCGCAGGGAGUCCCUGGAACAGUUAUGUUGCUGUAUGGUCUCUGAAUUAUUACACGAACAUCCGUUCACAGGGACUCAGCACCUAUUGUGUGAAGAUGUCGUACGACUCGAACCAACGUCUGCCAGGUGGCACCCACACACACUUCAACCCCUGUAGGUGUCAUCUAGCUCGAAUCAACGUCUAUAAGGUGGCAACUACACACAAUUUAAUGAGAACUGUAAGAAAAUGGGAAAGAGAUCUAGGAAGGGAGAUGCUGGAGUAAAAAAUUCAUCUUUACUCUCUACACCUAUUGCUGCUUCACAUGAAUUUGAAGGCUUGGCAGGCUUUGAAGAGAUAUCAUCAUGUACACUUCUGAAAUUAUCCAAGCAAGGAAAGGUGAAAAGGGAAGUUUUGAAAGAUGGGAAAAUUGUAAAGAAGAAGAAAAACAAGGAUAUGCCUAAAGACUCAGAAAUCAGUUGUGAAUCAAACACUGUUACUCCUACUAAAAAGGAAAAAAAAAAGAAGAAGAAAAAGAAAACAGGUUUAGCAAAUGGAGAAAUUACACAGAGUAAAACUAGCAUUGUUGAAAGAAAGAACGAAGGUUUGAAAGUUAAUGGAAACACUCAGCAAGAGCAAGAAGCCAGUAUUUCAGUAGUAAGUAAUGUUAAUAAGAAAAGAAAAAGACAGCAAAAAAAAGGAUUGGAAACUUCUACAAACAAGAAAGUUCGCUACGACAGUGCCGUAUACCAGGGAAAUAAUCCAGGAAUCAAAAAAAGGGUCAAUGUGUCAGCAUGGGACAAAUACUUUGUCCCACCUCCUGUGUUGAAAGCACUGAGUGAGUUAGGCUUCAGCGAGCCCACAGAGAUUCAGAAACUUGUCCUCCCUGCUGCCAUCAAAGGUCGAAUGGAUGUCAUUGGAGCUGCUGAGACUGGCAGUGGGAAAACUCUCGCAUUUGGCAUUCCCAUUAUACAUGGGAUUCUUGUGGAUAAAAAGAAUGAGGCAGAGCACUUGCAAGAAGAUGAAGAAGAUAGCGGUGUUGAGAAUAGCGAUAAUGAGUUACAAGAGAAUUCAAUGAUUGAAGAAAAAAUCUUGGAGAACAGUGAAAAUUCUGAGGAGCGCAAUGAUGAAGCCCAAGAUUUAUCUAUAGAUGAAGAGGAUGAAGCAGCAGAGGAGGGAAGUUCUGGGGACAAUAGUGACAUUAAUGAUUUCCAGGAUGAUAAACUCAGUGAAAUAAAUUCUGAAGAUAAAAGUUUUGGCUGCGUGAGAGUUGUAGACAAUGUUGAUUUUGACUUUCCUGAGGCAAAAAUGGCUUUUGAAAAAGCUAAGGGUUCCCAGAAUAAGCUCAGAGCGCUCAUCAUAACACCAACUCGGGAACUUGCCAUUCAGGUUAAAAGUCAUUUGGCAGCAGUAUUAGUCCAUACUGAUAUACAAAUAGUCGUUGUUAUGGGUGGCGUGUCACUUCAAAAGCAAGAGCGUUUACUUAACCGUGGUCCUGAAAUUGUGAUUGGGACUCCAGGACGUCUUUGGGAAUUGAUUGAUCAAGGCAAUAAACACCUCAUUCAGGUCCCAGAUAUUCGUUACCUGGCUAUAGAUGAAACUGAUCGUAUGGUUGAGCGGGGACACUUCCAAGAGUUAACGCAACUCCUGGAAUUGAUAAACAGCAACGAAUCCGCUAAGAAAGCACGGCAGACUUUUGUCUUCUCUGCAACCCUUUCCAUUGUUCACACUGUACCCAAGAGGCUGAGCAUGAAGACGAAAACAGUGAAAAUGACAUCUGAACUCAAAAUUGACCAGUUAGCGAAGAUAAUUGGAGUCAAACCAGAUCCAAAGGUAGUUGAUUUAACACGCAAGUUUGGAACGGCUGAAAGUUUAACAGAGGCCAGAAUUACCUGCAAUAAGGAGGAGAAAGACCUAUAUCUGUACUACUUUCUUAAGUGUUAUCCUGGGCGUACUUUAGUCUUCUGCAACAGCAUUGACUGUGUACGCAGGCUGCAGAACCUUUUCACUCUGUUGCAGUGUCACCCACAGUCACUUCAUGCAUCAAUGCAACAAAAGCAGCGUCUUAAGAGUUUAGAGCGGUUUUCAAGUAACCCUCAUGCCCUGCUGUUAGCCACAGAUGUUGCUGCCCGGGGUCUGGACAUACCAAGCAUUCAGCAUGUCAUCCAUUAUCAAGUGCCUAGAACAGCUGAGACAUACAUCCAUCGUAGCGGUCGUACUGCCCGUGCCCAUCAGGAGGGGCUGAGCAUUCUUCUUAUCGAGCCAGAAGAGUUGAAGAAGUACCAUCAACUGUGCAAUACACUCAACCGGGCCACAGAUUUGCCUCCAUUCCCGGUUGACACAAGUAUUAUGAGUCAGGUAAAGAAACGACUCAACUUGGCUCGUACAAUAGAAAAAAUGGAAUAUACGCUCCGCAAGGCUCAUGCUGAGGAGGACUGGUUCAGGAGGGCUGCAGAGGAAGCUGAAUUGCUUGUUGAAGAAGAUGACCAUGAUGAUGACAUUGAGAGAGAAAAAUCCAUGAAGGCUGCCCGUGAGAGACGUGAUCUGCAGAAUAAACGUACAAUACUGGCAAAAAUGCUUGCAUUGCCUUUCAUUCCGUUGAAUUUUUCCGGCAAGUAUCCGACUCAUACAGGUGCUCUUGUUUUGCCCCACAAUCAUAGCAUCAAGAGCAGCGAUACAGAUGGGAAGGAUUACAGCUCCAGCAAAGCAUUAUCAAUGAUGAAAAAGGAAUCCAAAGAAUUUUCGAAGCUUGUUAAGAGCAUAAAGUUAAAGCCCAAAGUAAAGAGAGUGAAUAAGAAGAAAUUUAAGGGCUUUGAAAAGAGGAAAGAAAAACUUCGAAAAGAGAAGGAAAAUUUUUUGAAAGAAAGUAAGAUGAAAAAUUAAAGAAAUAAAGUCUGGUAUGAUUAACAGAUUAUUUAAAUUUUUUAAAUAAUCUGUUAAUCAUACCAGACUUUAAUGAGGCUCAAUUUAUUUAAGUUUAUAUGUGUUUUAUGUAGAAUGGAAGUGUUGAGAUGAAAAAGUCUAAGUAAUAAAAAUAUGUUUAGAAAAUA